GUCACUAGAGAGCGGUAAUGGCUGCCGGCGGAGCGGAGACGCAUUCGGGGGAUGCAGAGGAAGAUGCUUCGCAAUUAUUGUUUCCCAAAGAGUUUGAGAGUGCCGAAACCCUGCUGAAUUCAGAGGUGCACAUGCUCCUGGAGCACAGAAAGCAGCAGAACGAGAGUGCAGAGGAGGAACAGGAGCUCUCUGAGGUCUUCAUGAAAACCCUUAACUACACUGCCAGGUUCAGCCGCUUCAAGAACAGAGAAACCAUUGCUAGUGUCAGAAGUUUGCUGUUGCAGAAGAAGCUGCAUCGGUUCGAGCUCGCCUGUUUGGCCAAUCUGUGCCCAGAGACGGCAGAUGAGGCUAAAGCCUUGAUCCCAAGCCUGGAAGGGAGGUUUGAGGAAGAGGAGCUGCAACAGAUUCUAGAUGAUAUUCAGACUAAACGAAGCUUCCAGUAUUAAGGAGGAAACUGUACUCUUCCCUGAUAAGACAUUUGUCCUGGUGAACUCCCGGACUUCUCGACAUUCAGUCCUGUGUUAGGAUUAUUUGCUCAGUGGCUUUUCACUGCAUUUAAUUUUGUGAAUCUUUUAUUGUUAAUAAAUAUUUUGUUCAGUUUU